AUGAAAUUUGCCAGACCUGUGCCCCGGAAUGUCACCAACGCUGUGUACAUGAUCCUGGAAGAUUUCUGCAACACUGCAGAUCACACCACUGUCCUAGAGGGCUUUCCUGGACAGCAUGGCACAGACCAUGACACACAUAUUUCCAUGAGCUUCAGCACUGUAAUGGAUUAUCAAACAGUGAGUGUAACAACAAGCACUGUUGAGCUUCAGUCCCACCUCCCUCCUGUGGGAUCCACACCGUCAUUGUCUGUGGCUACCUCAACAAAGCUGGGAGAUGAAACAACGAGAGUCCUGGAUGUUUCAGUAGACCUGGGCCAUGUUAGCACUGUUCACUUUUCUCCUGAGCGGACUGAGGAGGGAAGGAGAAUGACUGAAAGUCACAUGGAGCUGACAACUCAUGUCCAGUCCACAGAGAUGGCCAGUGUGGCUUGGGCCACACAUGAAACCCACUACAGCAGUACUGUCCCAUCCCGAGCUCUAGUUGUGUUCUUCAGUCUUCGGGUUACCAACAUGAUGUUUUCAGAGGACCUGUUUAAUAAAAACUCCCCUGAAUAUAAAGCCUUGGAGCAGCGAUUCUUGGAGCUGCUGGUGCCCUACCUUCAGUCAAAUCUGACAGGAUUCCAGAACCUGGAAAUCCUGAACUUCAGAAAUGGCAGCAUUGUGGUGAACAGUCGAAUGAAAUUUGCCAGACCUGUGCCCCGGAAUGUCACCAACGCUGUGUACAUGAUCCUGGAAGAUUUCUGCAACACUGCAUAUCACACCAUGAACCUGGCCAUCGAUAAAUACUCUCUGGAUGUAGAAUCAGGUAAGGACAGCAGGAAAAUGCAGCUUAAAGUGGUAGCCAGUUUGCCUGCCAGGUGGGCAUCUGCACAG